CGAAUGACCUCCGGCACAGUGGCGGUCGCGGCGUUUCACGGGGAGCCAUAGAAGCCGCGACUGCGGCGGUGCGGCCGCCACAGAGCCCCUCGCCCCCCUCUCCCUCCCAGAACACCAGGAUGCCUCGGAGCGCCUGCCCCUCACACUGCCUCCGGUUUCGAGUCGGGAUGGCGCCGCUGGCCGACGGCGCCGUGCGGCCAUCGUCCGCGCCGUGGGUAUUUCAGGCGAGGGCACAUCGGGGAAGCGAUGCCGGAGCCGGAGCUGCUGGGCGCCAACUGAACUCUUUCACAGAGAGCUGAUUUAUAUUGAUGACAACUCUGGUGGCUGGAUAUCUCUGGGAGUGGCAACUUUUUUUGCCAUCUGCAGGUCUGCAUCCUUCCUUUAUAAAGGGAACUAUCCUGUAAUAUUAGUAAAUGUAACCAAGUUCUACUUCCAUUGCCAGACAGAAAUUAUAUGCAAUGGGAAUGCUGAAUGAAAUUGCUUGCAACUGUUUUUUUUAACAUAAUUUAUAUGUUUUCUUUAAUGCAACACAAAUGCAUGCUGUAGCUUUUAGCUAUGACCAAAGUGAUACUGAGCUGAUACGUGUGGAAGUACGCAACUGACACUUGUGACAAUGGAGAUUUACUUUUAGAAUCUGGAGGAGGAUACAUGGUGGACCACCCGAAGCAACUUUAACAGGUUGAGAAGACUCAAGAGGAUACCAUGAGGGAGACCACUGUGUCAUCUCUUGUGUUACCUCACCGGAGUGCCCUGGAACCGAUCAAUUUCAUAUCUAAGAAUUAUGCUAUGUGUUUGCUGAUGCUCCGCUCUUCAUUUCUAAGAACAGAUAACUCAGUAUAUGUUAAUUGAUACAUCCUUUGGAUGAACGAUACUUGGAAAACUGACUGGUUCCCUAUUCCACGCUCCAAUGGCGAGAAGUGCAUGAUACAAUGUUCCAAGAAUAUUAACAAAAUUCAUGGAUGUAAAUGUAAUGCAUAAAAAUGCUAAAAUUUGAUGUCAAAUUCAUCCUGAUAUCAAGGACCAGAAAAGACAUUCAUUCUUACACUCUUCAUUUAUGCCAAGACUGUCAACUUGUCUUUCUUGUAUCUUGAAUUCUUGAUGUCAAGAACGAAUAUGAUACUGAUCCUCUGGAAUUUUGGAACAUUGUAUCGUGAUACUUUAUGGAACUUUUCACAACAACGACGUGGUCCCCCCUGGACACAAAAUGCUUAUUCCUUACAUUUUCGUGGGACUGGUUGGUGUUUUACUUUUGGCACAAAACUUGUAUUUGUCAUUGUUAAAGAAUUAAAAGAGAAUGUUUUUUCAAGUGCUCAUGUUUGUGAUCUUUCAGUCAAUGUGCUUUAUAUACUUGGCCUGGCACCUUUGAAGAGCACACCCAUGUGGCUUAAAUACUAAGCGGUUCCUUUUUCAGCUGCUUUGAUUUAAAUAAUGCAGUUGAACCACAAAGAGUGAAAUUCUUAUGAUUGCGGAAAACAUAUGUUAUAUUAUUUUGGCACUCAUUAUUUGAUAUGAUCCCACCAGAUGUAGAAUAGGCAAAUUUAGUGGAGAGGUGAUGUUUUAUGGAUUAGCUAGGGCUAGCUGCAACAAGGUAGCAGAAAGCUUUAUGGUUGGCACAUUUUCUGGGUGCAACAAACUUUUGUUAUCGUCAGAAUGGAGACAUCACAUAGUGGGAAGUGUCAUUAUUUUUCAAAAGAUGAGGUUCUGGCCGCAUAUACAGUCUUGUGCCAUCAUUCUGCUUGGUGCAGGUACGUAAUGAUUUGAAUGAAGCACAUAGUGCUUCAUAAUUAUGCUUAUUAUUAUUCAAACUUCUACAAUUUACUCAUGUUGGAACAUAUUUUUAUUCUGCAAGGUUUGUAUAUGUGCUCUGAGCAGUCUUAACAUGCUCCCUCUUACUCCCUGUUUUCACAUUAGAGGUAAGAGUAUAUAAUACAUGACUGGGAAUUGGACCCAGGCCUCCCAGCUGUGCACACCAUGUUCCCACCACACCCCAACUGACAAGGGUUCCAUACUGGCAGUAACUAAUAUAUAUUGACUAAAUAUUUAUUAUUUUCAGAAUUUAGUCAUUAUAUACGUUGAUUUAUAAUUUACUGUUCUGGGUUUAUUCACAUUAUUUGUUAGGUAACAGUUUCCCUCUAGAACAUUGCUUGGCUGUUGAGUAUGUAUAUGUUUUCACUCUCUGUAAUGAAUAAUUUGUAUAUACCCCCUCCGUUCAUAGAUAUAAGAUGUUUUAACCUUUUUCUGAAUCGGAUGUAUAUAUAGACAUAUUUUAGUGUGUUUAUUCACUCAUUUCGGUCCGUAUGUAGUCCAUAUUGAAUUAUCCAAAACAUCUUAUAUUUGUGAAGGAGGGAGUGGUUUCUAGCUAACCGGGUUUUCUACCUCUGUUAUCUUCGAAUUCAUGGAUAUACACUACGGUGGGGUGAUAAUAAUUGAAUAUUUUUCUUGCAUCCUGACAUCACACAAAUUUUGCGCGUGCAAUCAUGAAAGAAGAAAGUACUAGCCUACCUUUAAAGAUAUUUGGAUUGUAUAAUCCAAGGAAAAGAGCAAUAGACUGCACAGAAUCAUGUGUUCAGAAGUCUUGGUCCUAUAAAUAUCCUAGUUAUUAACAUGUGUUCAGAAGACGGAGCAACUUCACAUGCUUUUUGCAUGGCUGCUGCAUGCAUUUUUGAUGGGCGUCUUUCCUUCCUUAAUCUCUGGGGCAUGUAUCCUUAGAUCCCCAGCCUCUUGUACAUAUCUGUUAGUGAGAAAUCGAACAUACAUUGUACAGAUCCGCUUUGCCGCCCUUGCAACUCCAGUCAGUGCUUUUUUUGCAUUUUUUUUCUCCCUUCUUUUUGAGAGAUGGACAUCUAGUCAGUUAUCACAAGAAAGUGCUCUGCUAAUGCCAACUUCAUGCACCACCCUUGUCUUUAAAAGGCAAGGUAAUGAACACAGUCUAGUCCAACAGCACUACUAGUUUGUGAUGGACACCAGUACUCCUCGAAAGUCUGGGACGAGCUUCCUCAAAACUUGCUUCAAUGGAGUUAACGCCCUCUCAGGGGUUGGAAUAUUAUCGAUUCCUUAUGCAUUGUCUCAAGGAGGAUGGUUGAGCGUGCUUAUGUUCACAACCAUAGCAAUAAUCUGCUUCUACACUGGGAUUCUCCUGCAGAGAUGCAUAGAUUCAAGCUCACUUGUUAAGACCUAUCCUGAUAUAGGUGAACUGGCUUUUGGCCGGAAAGGAAGAAUCAUAGUAGCAAUAUUCAUGUACCUGGAGCUGUACCUUGUGGCAAUCGAUUUCAUGAUAUUGGAAGGUGAUAACUUGGAGAAAUUAUUUCCAAGCGUCGACUUCCAUGUUGCUGGGCUCAAGAUUGGAGGCAAGCAAGGGUUUGUUCUGAUUUUCAGCCUGUUGGUUCUGCCAACGACAUGGUUUCGGAGCUUAAGUGCGCUUGCGUACGUCUCUGUUGGAGGAAUCGUGGCCUCCGUCAUUCUCAUCGCGUCUGUUAUCUGGGUAGGAGCAUUUGAUGGUGUUGGUUUCCACGAGAGAGGCGUGCUUGUCCAUUGGGCUGGUAUUCCAACUGCCAUGAGCCUAUACUCAUUCUGUUUCAGCGGCCAUGCAGUUUUCCCCAUGAUAUACACUGGAAUGAGCAACAGAAAGAUGUUCCCAACAGUGCUGCUCCUCUGCUUCAUCAUCUGCACUCUCAGCUAUGGGCUGAUGGGCGUCGUCGGGUACCUGAUGUACGGCGAGUCACUGAAGUCCCAGGUGACGCUGAACCUCCCAUCGAGGAACCUGAGCUCCAGCAUCGCCAUCUACACCACGCUGAUCAAUCCGUUCACCAAGUUCGCGCUGCUGGUCACUCCGAUAGCGGAGGCGAUCGAGGACACCCUCCACGUCGGCAAGAACAAGGCCGUGAGCGUCUCCAUCAGGACGUCGCUGGUCGUCAGCACGACCAUCGUGGCGCUCGUCGUGCCCUACUUCGCCUACGCCGUCGCGCUCACUGGCUCAUUCCUGAGCGGCACCGCCACGAUGCUGCUCCCAUGUGCCUGCUACCUGAAGAUCAGGUCCAGGACCUGCAGGAAGGUGGGGUUCGAGCAGGUGGUCUGCGUGGGCAUCAUCGUCGUCGGGGUAGGGCUUGUGGUCGUUGGCACCUCCAGUUCGCUGAAGCAGAUCAUCCAGAGCUUGUGAAAUGCAUGAUGAGCAUGGAUGUGGAUGAACAACCAUAUGCAGUGGAGCCUAUUCUAGUAUGGCGCAAUCAUGCUUGUACUCUGUAGUCUGUACCUAUGUUCUGGCAAGAUAUAGAUAGGAAUUUAGCUUACAUAAGACUGGAUAGGAAUAAUCCCUAAGAUGUGUAGUAUUGAGACUUACUCCCUUCGUUAUAUAAGAGUGUUUUUGACAUUACACUAGUGUAAAAACGCUCUUAUAUUAUGGGACAGAGGGAGUACUUCAGAAGAAACUGCUUGUACCUAUCAUGUUAUAAACAUUAUUCAAAUGUA